AUGGCUAAAACUUCUGCGAUCGCAUUCCUUUCCUUUGUCAUCUGUAUUUCGUCCUCCCUAAAUUUUGCCUACGGUGCCGGCCCCGCUAAACAGGACAAGUUCAUCAUCGUCGGUAAAGUUUACUGCGACACCUGCCGGGUCGAAUUCGAGACGAAACUCAGUGAACCAAUAAAUGGUGCGGUUGUGAAACUCGAAUGCAAGAAUCGUACCACUGGAGCCACCACUUUUCAGAGCCCGGAAGCAUCGACGAGUCCGUCGGGAGAGUACAAAAUCGAAGUGACGGGUGAUUACGAGGAUUCGGACUGCGACAUCAACCUGAUAAAGAGUCCUUGGGAGGAUUGCAGUGAACCGACCGAAAGUUGGAGGAAAGCUAGGGUUGUCCUCACCGCACGAGAUGGCGUCAGCGGCGACAUUCGCUAUCCGAACAAUCUUGGGUUCAAGAAGAAGGAAGCUCUCCCUGGGUGUAAACAAGUUCUUACAGAUAUGGGCUAUUAUGAACUCAAGAAUGAACUUGGAACGGAAGUAGUCCCAUAA